UCAACAUGCCAUGCCAUUGUACGGUCUUAAUCUGCUCAACUCUGGAGCUCAUUGAAUUGUCAUAUUAUUAAAUCAACACGAUCUGACUUUCUUUAUAAAACUCUAAAGCCUACAUCAUGUAUUUUUUUUUUUUUGGCAAACACUUUUUUCCAAACCAACUGCAGUGCAUUUGAGAGUGCAAUGCAUUCUUUAGGUAAGUGCAUGAGAAGUUCGUGAGAUCAGGUGUUUAUCUUCAUGACAGGCAGAGACUUGAAAAGCAACCGGAGCAUAGGAAGUACCCAGCCUACAAGUCUGAGCAGCUUUAAAAUGCAAUGCUCUCAGGCGAACAGAUGAAGUCUAAAGCUAUGUGCUGGAAAUCUCCUGUGCUAUCUACACACAUCGGGAAGCAAUUCCUACAAUAAAUCUGGAAAAUAUGAACGUGGAGAACGAUACAGAUGAGGGCUGCCAGGAUCACAUCAACAAUAACAGACCACUUUACAUUUUCUACUCGUCUGUGGUUGGCUUGGAGUUUGUUUUCGGUCUCCUUUUGAACAUUACGGUCAUUCAUGUCUUCAUCUUCAAGUUGAAAUUCUGGAAAUCUAAAACCAUCUACAUAUUCUUGUUCAAUCUGGUCUUGGCUGACAUUUUGUUGCUUAUUGGAUUGCCAGUGAAGGCUUAUAACUUUCAACAAUGCAGCGAGAACAAGGUUGUGUGCAAGGUACAGCUCUUCCUGCAGUUUCUCAACCGAGGAGCAAGCAUCGCCUUUCUGACCAUCGUCUCCAUUUAUCGUUAUUUCAGCGUGGUCCAUCCCGAGAAGAGGAAAGUCCUGAGGAUGCUGAAACAUUCGCCUCAGAUUUCCAUCUUUAUCUGGGUGCUUCUGGGCAUUCUGACUAUUCCAGCCAUGAUGCAAAGCUUCAUAAGAUGCCACAGCAAUGAAAAGGAUGAUUUCAGUCCAGUGGUUCUGUUGAGGGAAAUCGUGUUUUACACCCAGAUUUUCAUCCCUUUUUUUGUUCUCGUGUAUUGUUCGAUUGGGAUUAUCAGAAGACUUCGGAAUCAGAAGUCGAUUGGAGACAGGACGAAGCUCAAGAGAGCGAUGCUCCUGGUCACGGCUGUCGUUCUUGUUUUUGCCGUUUGCUUUCUGCCGUAUACUUUCACGCGAGCAGUGCAGCUACAGCAAAACGGACCUGUGAUGUCCGAGGAGAAAGUUGCUGUUGUUAAAUUAUACGACGGUCUUGUUUGUCUGUCGUAUCUGAAUUGCCUGCUAGAUCCAAUCCUGUACUGCUUGAGCAGCACCAAAUUUAAGAAGUUAUACGUGUCGAUUUAUUUUCCCUUUCUGCUGGAAAAAGAGCCAAUGGAAACGUCAGAAGAAAACUCACAAUGAUUGUUUACACUAUGCCAGAUGAUAAAAUUAUUAGUAAGGAUGCUUUGUUAAGACUGCUAAGAAAAGUUUAGUCAAAUGUGUUUUUUGCACUUUUGUUUUUUUUUGUAAAUAAGUAGUUGAUGCAUAAAAUGCACAUAUCUUUUGGAUAAAAUUGUAUAUGUAAUGUAAAAUGUGUAUAUUUUGAAAUAAACAAAUAUUUAGAUGAAGUAUUUUAGCUUUCUUAAUCAUAAAGCAAUAAUUAUAAAAUGUUACAGUGUCUUUAGUUUCGUUUUAGAUAAAGUAUUGCAUUCGACGUCGCAUGACAUCAACUACCCAAACACAUUAUGAAGUGCGUAACAGAAUGACAAUCGGGUUAGUAUGUGAAUUGAACGUAAUGGAGUUUCUAUUAAGCCUUAUGACAGUAAUGUGACCUAUAUCUGAGUCACAGUUGUCUGGUUUCUUACAAAUCAUGAUUCAGUAAACGUCUCAAGUAGGAAACUUGAGACGUGUCAUAAUCUAACAAAAUAUGCAUGCAUUAUGUAUUUUGUGUAAAUAUGCUAAAUAAACUUUCACACCACAAAUAUUAC